AGCAAUGAUUCAGCUAGAGCAUAGUGAACGCCGGACUUGCCGCAAUGAAAUAUUUCUUUUUAUCGAUGAUAUUUCCGUCCGUCGCAUCGGAAAUAUGCCUCAGACUUUUGGGAAACGAAAGAGAAACCAGGAUUAUAGAAAGAAAACCGGGACAAGUUUGGCAUUGGAACGCGAUUAUGGAGAAAUUCGAGCAUCUUGAGGCGCUAACGUUAAAUGAUACCGCUCUCUGUAGCGUCAAUACAGUGAACGACUUGCGUGGAAAGACACUCGUCGUUGAUGUGAAUGACAUAUAUCCAUACGUCAUUAUAAAUGCAAAUGAAGACGAAGUCACGGGAUUAAUAGGAGAUGCCUGGAGAAUUUUAGAAACAGCUUUAAAAUUCAAAUACGCGCUAUUUGUUCAGUCGAACGAUGCGAUUAUCGCAAAGUGGCGAUACAUCGGUAUCUUUAGCCGCAGCUUGUGGAUAGUGUCUCUCACUAUGAUCGCAUGUAUCGCAUGCUGCAUCAUGGGAAUGUACCGUUUCAAGAAGUUUAUGUGCAUUAAUUAUAAAGAUUGUGACGACGAGCUUGCCUCACCGUCCUUCAAUUUCCUUUGCAUUUUAGGUAGCUUCUGUGGUCAAGGAUUCCAAAAAAUACCAAAAAGCUUAUCUCUACAAUUAAUAAUAUUAUCUAACUUGAUGAUGGGAAUGUUACUGACAUGUGGCUUCAGUAGCACUCUUAUUUCAUGCUUGGCGAGUAAAGAAAAUACCAUUCCCUUGGCUAAUCUCGAAGACGUAGCGAUAAAAAGGACACACUCACUUUGUGUCAGAAACAAAAGCAGUGCAUAUACUUAUUUUACAAUGAAUGGAUCAAUGUAUAGCGACUUUCACAAAGAAUGGAAAGGAUUGAUAAACAAAGGCUGUCCCGACAUGAGAGACAGCGCGACUCUCCUUUCAAAAUUAUGCCGUCCAGGUUUCGCCUACUUGGAACUACCAGAAAUCUUUCUAUCACACUAUAAAAAAAUCGAGAGCAAAUGCAAUAUCGUACAAUUGCCCGAUAAUUAUUGGAGAAUUAAAUUGGCAUUUCUGCAUGCGAGAACAGUGCAACAUCGGCAACUCAUUGAUACUUACAUAAUACGUAUGCGUUCAGCUGGGAUACUCAAAUAUCUUGAGAAAAAAUGGAUGUUAAAAGAAAGCCGACCCAAUUAUUUUUCAACGAGCAAUUUCCAACCCGUGCGAUUCAAACACAUUCGUUUGAGUAUCUUAUUAUUCUUCACGAUAACGGCUCUCAGCAUAAUUAUCUGCAUUUUGGAAAAUAUUUGGUAUAAACUGAAAUUCAAGAAGAAACCAUCUAAUUUAAUAUUACGGCAAACAUGCAAUAGCAAGCUGAAAGUAAUGAAAACGUGUUAUAAAAUGCGACCAAAAUUCAAAUGGCGUCAGAAAUUCAACUCGACGUUAUUAUCUGGAAAUAUAAACAAUCCAGAAUUUUUUCAGAACGUUACGGUGCAAAUUAAUAGGUGGUGAAUAUUGCAUUUAUAAUUAUAAAUUAUAUGCAAAUAUGUCUCUCAAAAACAAUAUCUCUGUAUUUUCGAUAAAUAUAAUGAUCCACGAGAAUAAUAUCAAG